AUGACGGCUUCUCAAGCAAUGGAACCAAACAGAGAAAAGGCUUUACAAGAUUAUCGUAAAAAAUUACUGGAGCAUAAAGAAGUUGAAGUCAGACUUAAAGAAAUGAGAGAUCAGUUAAAAGAUCUUACCAAACAAUAUGAUAAAUCUGAAAAUGACUUGAAAGCCCUUCAAAGUGUUGGUCAGAUUGUUGGAGAAGUAUUAAAGCAGCUUACUGAAGAAAAAUUUAUUGUCAAGGCUACCAAUGGUCCAAGAUAUGUUGUUGGUUGUAGAAGACAACUUGAUAAAUUAAAACUUAAAUCUGGCACGAGGGUAGCAUUGGACAUGACAACUUUAACAAUUAUGCGACAUUUGCCGAGAGAAGUUGAUCCAUUAGUGUAUAACAUGUCUCAUGAAGAUCCAGGAGAUGUAACAUAUUCUGCUAUUGGAGGUCUUGCAGAACAAAUUAGAGAACUUCGUGAGGUGAUUGAGCUGCCUCUGUUGAAUCCUGAACUUUUUCAACGAGUUGGUAUUACUCCACCUAAAGGAUGUCUACUUUACGGCCCUCCUGGUACUGGAAAGACUUUGUUGGCCAGAGCUGUAGCCAGCCAAUUAGAUGCAAACUUCCUUAAGGUAGUCUCCAGUGCUAUCGUUGACAAAUAUAUUGGAGAAAGUGCUCGUCUAAUUAGAGAAAUGUUUAAUUAUGCAAGAGAUCACCAGCCUUGCAUAAUUUUUAUGGAUGAAAUUGAUGCUAUCGGAGGUCGACGAUUCUCAGAAGGAACAUCUGCUGAUCGUGAAAUACAAAGAACUCUUAUGGAACUUCUUAACCAAAUGGAUGGAUUUGAUUCUCUGGGACAGGUUAAAAUGAUCAUGGCCACUAAUCGUCCCGAUACCUUAGACCCUGCUCUUCUCCGUCCUGGCAGGCUAGACAGGAAGAUUGAAAUUCCUUUGCCAAAUGAACAGGCAAGGCUAGAAAUCCUCAAGAUCCAUGCUGGGCCUAUUUCUAAGCAUGGAGAUAUUGAUUAUGAGGCUGUCGUGAAGUUGUCUGAUAAUUUCAAUGGAGCUGACUUGAGAAAUGUUUGUACUGAAGCUGGCCUUUUUGCUAUUCGAGCUGAAAGAGAAUAUGUAAUGCAGGAAGACUUUAUGAAAGCUGUGAGAAAAGUGGCUGACAAUAAGAAACUUGAGUCAAAACUCGAUUACAAACCAGUAUAA